AUGGAUUCUUUGCCGUCUCUUUCUGGCAGAGGGAAAGCAGCUUCCAUGCGGCCUUAUCAGGGUCUGGUGACCUUUGAGGAGGUGUGUGUUCGUUUCACUGAGGAGGAGUGGGCUCUGCUGGAUCUGGACCAAAGAAAGCUUCACAAGGAAGUCAUGGAGGACAAUUAUCAGAAUGUGGCCUCUCUUGAGGCUGAUUGUCCAAGGAAGAGAUCUGAGAAAGAAGCCAAACACCUCCUAUUCAACAUAAAAGAGCAGGAAAGAAACACUGGAACAAACCCGAAGAGGGUGAAUGAAUGCUCCACCUCUGAGGGUACUGAAUCCCAGGUCUCUGAUACACACAGAAGAAAUAAUCUAGGGGAGAAAUCUAAUAAAUACUCGGAGAGCAGAAGGAGUUUGGGUUGGAAGAGAGACUCUUCUGACCAUCAACGACUCUAUAACAGAGAGACACAUGAAUGCCUGGAGUGUGGAAGGAGCUUUGCUAAGAAUUGCUUUUUUGCUGCUCAUCGACGAAUCCACACUGGGGAGAAACCAUAUAAAUGCUUGGAUUGUGGAAAGAGCUUUGCUUCAAGUUCACAGCUUACUCAGCAUCAACGUAUCCACACGGGGGAGAAACCACAUAAAUGCUUGGAGUGUGGAAAGACCUUUGUUCAGAAAGGAAAUCUAGCUACUCAUCGACGAAUCCAUACUGGGGAGAAACCAUAUAAAUUCUUGGAGUGUGGAAAGCGCUUUGCUCAAAGAGGUAACCUAGCUAUUCAUCGACAAAUCCACACAGGGGAGAAACCACAUAAAUGCUUGGAGUGUGGAAAGAGCUUUGCUACAAGUUCACAGCUUACUCGACAUCAACAUAUCCACACAGGGGAGAAACCACAUAAAUGCUUGGAGUGUGGAAAGAGCUUUGCUUCGAGGUCACAGCUUACUUACCAUCAAUAUAUCCACACUGGGGAGAAACCAUAUAAAUGCUUGGAGUGUGGAAAGCGCUUUGCUCAGAGAGGUAACCUAGCUAUUCAUCGACGAAUCCACACUGGGGAGAAACCACAUAAAUGCUUGGAGUGUGAAAAGAGCUUUGGUUCAAGUUCACAGCUUACUCAACAUCAACAUAUCCACACUGGGGAGAAACCACAUAAAUGCUUGGAGUGUGGAAAGAGCUUUGCUACAAGUUCACAGCUUACUCGACAUCAACAUAUCCACACAGGGGAGAAACCACAUAAAUGCUUGGAGUGUGAAAAGAGCUUUGCUUCGAGGUCACAGCUUACUUACCAUCAAUAUAUCCACACUGGGGAGAAACCACAUAAAUGCUUGGAGUGUGGAAAGAGCUUUGGUUCAAGUUCACAGCUUACUCUACAUCAACAUAUCCACACAGGGGAGAAACCACAUAAAUGCUUGGAGUGUGGAAAGAGCUUUGCUUCAAGGUCACACCUUACUUAUCAUCAACAUAUCCACACUGGGGAGAAACCACAUAAAUGCUUGGAGUGUGGAAAGAGCUUUGGUUCAAGUUCACAGCUUACUCGACAUCAACAUAUCCACACUGGGGAGAAACCACAUAAAUGCUUGGAGUGUGAAAAGAGCUUUGCUUUGAGGUCACAGCUUACUUACCAUCAACAUAUCCACACUGGGGAGAAACCACAUAAAUGCUUGGAGUGUGAAAAGAGCUUUGCUUCGAGGUCACACCUUACUUACCAUCAACAUAUCCACACUGGGGAGAAACCACAUAAAUGCUUGGAUUGUGAAAAGAGCUUUGCUUCGAGGUCACAGCUUACUCGACAUCAACAUAUCCACACAGAGGAGAAACCACAUAAAUGCUUGGAGUGUAGAAAGAGCUUUGCUACAAGUUCACAACUUACUCAACAUCAACAUAUCCACACAGGGGAAAAACCACAUAAAUGCUUGGAGUGUGGAAAGAGCUUUGCUACAAGUUCACGGCUUACUCAACAUCAACAUAUCCACACACGGGAAAAACCCCAUAAAUGCUGGGAGUGUGAAAAGAGCUUUGCUUCGAGGUCACACCUUACUUACCAUCAACAUACCCACACUGGGGAGAAACCACAUAAAUGCUUGGAGUGUGAAAAGAGCUUUGCUUCGAGGUCACACCUUACUUACCAUCAACAUAUCCACACGGGGGAGAAACCACAUAAAUGCUUGGAGUGUGGAAAGAGCUUUGCUCAAAGCUCAACCCUAUCUGCUCAUCAACAAAUCCACACUGGGGAGAAACCACAUAAAUGCUUGGAGUGUGGAAAGAGCUUUUCUCAAAGAGGUAACCUAGCUAUUCAUCGACAAAUCCACACUGGGGAGAAACCAUAUAAAUGCUUGGAGUGUGGAAAGAGCUUUUCUCAAAGAGGUAACCUAGCUAUUCAUCGACGAAUGCACACUGGGGAGAAACCAUAUAAAUGCUUGUAUUGUGGAAAAAGCUUUACUACGAGUUCACAGCUUACUGACCAUCAAUAUACCCACACUGGGGGGAAACCAUGUAAAUGCUUGGAGUGUGGAAAGAGCUUUUCUCGAAAGACUUAUCUUAAAGUACACCGAAGAAUUCACACAGGAGAAACCAUAUAA